CGGUAUGCCUGAGAUACUGAAGCGAGCCUCAUGAAGAAAGUGUGACUAGUAUGGCUGUGUCAGGCUUGAUCCGGAAUUUUGGAUCGUUGUUGUUGUCGUCAUGUCCUCGCAUUUCUCAGGUACCUGUUUCUCCCAGUGGCAUUGGUCUUGCAAGCAAACUCCAUGCGUUCCGUGAAAUCAGCACAUCUGCCGUUACGUUUGCAGUUAGAGAUGCAUUUUGGAAAUGCAGGACCAAAUAUACCAUUAAGCCAAUUCCCAAGAAAAAGACAGCAGGCCGAGAUCACACAGGUCGUAUUACUAUUCUUGGACUUGGAGGAGGGAGUAGACAGUGCUACCGUAUGAUUGAUUUCAAAAGGCUCAACUAUCCAGAGGGAGCAGAGACUGAUUUUUUUGAGGAGAAAGUGAUUCAAGUCCGGUAUGAUCCAUGCAGAUCGGCUCACAUAGCUCUGGUGGCUGGAGGGAAGCGGAAACGCUGGAUCAUUGCAACAGAAAACAUGCAGGCUGGCGACAUCAUCAAGACUUCAGGAAAAAUAAGCAGAAUGUCGGUCAUGGCUAAGGAAGGAGAUGCCUAUCCGCUUGGGGCUCUACCCAUAGGGACCCUAAUAAACAACGUAGAGAGCCAUCCUGGGAAAGGAGCGCAGUAUAUCCGAGCAGCAGGCACUUGUGGCGUGUUGAUACGGAAAGCGAAUGGAACAGCCAUCAUCCAGUUGCCCUCCAAGAGACAAAUGCAGGUCCUGGAUACGUGUGUGGCUACAGUGGGACGGGUUUCCAAUGUGGAACACAACAAGCGCAAACUUGGGAAAGCUGGGCGGAACCGGUGGCUGGGACAUCGGCCCCGGAGCGGUCGGUGGCACCGCAAAGGAGGGCAUGCAGGGCGUAAGAUCAAACCUCUCCCACCCAUGAAGAGCUAUGUAAACCUCCCACCGCCAUCGGCAAGCGCUUGAUGUUUAGGCCUCAACUGUCCCUGGUUCUGCAGGAUUUGGUCAAUAAAGCCUACAUUUUCUUCUCCA